AUGGCGGGGUAUGGAACUAGAGAUCCACGUGAAGAGGAGAGCCUCUUGGGCAAUGAUGUUGAUCCACGGAGCUCUGGCACCUCAUCUCUAGCUGCGAAAUCGCGUCGUUGGACUAUCCUGAGCAUCGUCGCCCUCCUGGGCGUGGCUUCGGUGGCUGCCGGGUACGUGGUGACUGGGUAUGAACCCUCGCGUGAUGUGACUGUGAUCGACAGAGCACGUCCUGACUCGGAGGUGGUGAGCGCACCGUCUAGCAAACCACACAAGAUUCCCAUUCUUCCGCGGGCUUGCAACAGUGUCGACGGCGGUUAUCAAUGCUUUUCGGAGAUCUCUCACCGCUGGGGUCAAUAUUCGCCCUACUUCUCUCUUGCAGAUGCCGGUGUCUCAAAUACCGUGCCGGAGAAGUGCGACGUGACUUUCGUCCAGGUUCUGUCCCGCCACGGUGCACGGUAUCCAACGGCAUCGAAGAGCAAAAAGUACAAGUCCCUGAUCCAGACGAUCCAGGCCAAUGCUACUGCAUUCAAUGGCAAGACGGCUUUCUUGCGCACGUACAACUACACGCUGGGAAGUGAUGACCUGACCACCUUUGGCGAGCGCCAAAUGGUCAGCUCCGGCGUCAAGUUCUACCAGCGCUACGAAGCCCUGACUCGGGACCACGUCCCCUUCAUCCGCUCAUCAGACUCCUCUCGCGUCGUCGAGUCCGGCCGCUUCUUCAUCCAGGGCCUCCAACAGUCCAAACUGCAAGACCGUGCCGCAGACCAUAGCCAAGCAAACGCCACAAUCAACGUGGUCAUCUCCGAAGACACCGGUGCCAACAACACCCUCAACCACAACACCUGCCCCGCAUUCGAGGCUAGCACGCUAGGCGACGACGUCUCAGAAAACUACACCUCAAUCAUUGCCCCAUCCAUGGCAAAGCGCAUCCAAUCCGAUCUACCAGGAGUCACCCUCUCCAACGACGAGGUCAUCUACCUCAUGGACAUGUGCGCCUACGACACCAUCUCCACCACCGCAGACGCCAGUCAGGUCUCCUCCUUCUGCGCCCUCUUCACCGAAGCCGAGUGGUCACAGUACAACUACCUCCAAUCCCUGGGUAAAUACUACGGCUACGGCGCGGGUAACCCCCUCGGCCCAACCCAGGGCGUCGGCUUCGUCAACGAGCUAAUCGCCCGCAUGACGCAUACCGCCGUGCAAGACGAUACAACGACAAACCACACCCUGGACGCCCCCCGGCGCGGCCACGUUCCCCGUUAA